UGCUGCGGUUGUUGGUGUUGAGCGUGUCGGUGUUGGUGUACCGCGUGGGUGUCCCACUCCGAGGUCGAGGCCACCGUUUCUGGUGACCGGAUCACAACGACGGCCAUCACCAUCGCCAGCUCCUGGUGUCGGCGGCCUUGAAACAACGGAUCCGUGUUAUCACUAUGCCACGCUGUCUCAUGGCGAAGAAGUGGAAGUGGAAUCAGUGGCAGGCACGCGUGGACGAUCAGCAGAACGAGCAGAAGGACGCGACGCCACUCGGAGCCGCCCUGCAGGAACAACAGACGCAACAUCACGCUCUACAUCAUACCGCGGAUGCGAUGGAGAAACGGCCGCACAGGCAUGAACCUGAGGACGAGGAAAUCGAUGUGGUCGGAGACGUCGAUAAUCAUCAGGUCGAUCAUCAGCAGACCUGCUGGGGACCGCACAGUCCCACGGCGGGGGCCACGGCCCCCAGUCCACCACCCCUCAACGCCUCCGGCGCUCUUUACUAUCACGGUUAUACGCACGAGGCGUGGAUUAAUCACGAGGAGCCGCCCAAAUACGCGACGUUACGCUCCGCGGCGGAGUUAGCGCGUCCGGUAGUACCAUCACCACCGCCUCCAGUCGCACAGCAAGAGCUACCGAUUUCGGUGCUGACUGGACCGGGCCUGCAUCAAACGCCGUCGCAUCAGGCAACGGUCAUCGCUACAAAUCCGUCAUCAUCAUCAUCGUCCUCAUCUUCAACGUCAUCAUCUGCCGCAACAUCGCUAUGCCUGCCGCCGCGAAAGAGCCUCUCGAUGUCCUUCACCAGCACUGGGACUGCGCUCUCCUUACCGCCGAAAAAGAAGGACAUCUACCGUCCUUACAGUCUGCAAUCGAUCUCGGAGAUACGCACGUCUGACCAACAACAACAACAACAACAACAGCUACAACCAGCGCCAACGACGGGUAUACAGUCUAUACCGGUCUCUGUGCUCGUGCCGGUGCCUAGCUCGCAGACCAAUCAACUACGCCAACAGGAGCAAACGCCACCGCAGCCGCAGUCGCCUGCGACCGCGGAAGCCACUGGCGGAAGCAACGUCGGCAGGGACAGCACCACCACCAGCAGCAAGACUGUCGCUUACACCUACGAGGCCUUCUUCGUGUCCGAUGGCCGAUCGAAACGACGCGGCGGUAACAACAAUGGUGCCGCCGUGCCCGAUAAAGAGGCCGCCCAACCGGACAGGCCGAAAUUUACGUGCACCGAGUGCGGCAAGCAAUACGCUACGUCAUCGAACCUGUCGCGGCACAAGCAGACGCAUCGCAGUCUCGAUUCCCAAUCGGCCAAAAAGUGCAUUCACUGCGGCAAGGCGUACGUCAGCAUGCCCGCCCUAGCGAUGCACGUGCUCACGCACAAGCUCGCCCACAGUUGCGGCGUCUGCGGCAAGAUGUUCUCGCGACCUUGGCUACUGCAGGGUCACUUGCGCAGCCACACUGGUGAGAAGCCGUACGGAUGCGCUCACUGCGGCAAGGCAUUCGCCGAUCGCUCGAAUCUAAGGGCGCACAUGCAGACACACUCGGCUGACAAGAACUACGAGUGCUCGAGGUGCCACAAGACCUUUGCCCUCAAGUCUUAUUUGAACAAACACCUAGAAUCGGCGUGUCUGCGCGACGAGGAGAUGCAGCAACAGCAGCCGCAGCAUGCCGAUAACAACGCCACGCAGCAACAGAACACCAAUCGAGGCUUGUAGCAGCGCUUCGAGAAGGAGAACAACGACGCCACGAUGAUCGAAGGCUCGAGAGAGAGCUAGCGGUGCCCUAUAAUCGCCGCUUGAUCGCGAAGAGGCGCGAGGGUACGAAGAGCAGAGAAGAGGAUAUAAGGUUUGCCCGUAGAUUUUAAGUAGAAAAGUGCCAGUAGAGACAGAAACGAGAACUAGAGAGGGAGACAGAAAGAGAAAGAGAAACUGAGACGGAGAGAAA